CCAAUAAGUGGCCGCCUAGCGGAUCGAUCUGCCGGCCUAUAAAAGGCCAUCGCCCGGAGAACGCCGCGCAUUAAUCGUUGAUUCCGCUGAGAGGACGUGCGUGCUUGAUAGCGGAGGCUCCAUUACUUGCUGCGUCUAUCGACCGCUCCCUCUUCGUUGAAGCGUUAUCCGUUGGGAAUAAGGAAGCAAAAUGCGUGAGUGCAUCUCAAUCCACGUUGGUCAGGCUGGAGUACAGAUUGGAAAUGCCUGCUGGGAACUGUAUUGUCUGGAACAUGGCAUUCAGCCGGACGGUCAGAUGCCAUCCGACAAGACCAUCGGUGGUGGUGACGACAGUUUCAACACCUUCUUCAGUGAGACUGGUGCUGGCAAGCAUGUUCCUAGAGCCGUGUUUAUCGACUUGGAGCCAACAGUAGUCGAUGAGGUUCGCACUGGCACCUACCGACAGCUGUUCCACCCGGAGCAAUUAAUCACAGGCAAGGAAGAUGCCGCCAAUAAUUACGCCCGUGGCCACUACACCAUCGGCAAGGAGAUUGUUGACUUGGUGUUGGACCGCAUCCGCAAGCUCGCUGAUCAGUGCACCGGUCUUCAAGGUUUCCUCAUUUUUCACUCGUUCGGCGGCGGCACAGGCUCAGGCUUCACCUCACUGCUGAUGGAACGCCUGUCCGUGGACUACGGCAAGAAGUCGAAGCUGGAAUUCGCCAUUUACCCCGCGCCCCAGGUGUCCACCGCUGUCGUCGAGCCAUACAACUCUAUCCUGACCACGCACACCACACUGGAACAUUCCGACUGCGCUUUCAUGGUCGACAACGAAGCCAUCUACGAUAUUUGCCGUCGUAACUUGGACAUCGAGCGACCGACCUACACCAACCUCAACAGACUGAUCGGACAGAUCGUGUCCUCCAUCACCGCGUCCUUGCGCUUCGACGGCGCCCUCAACGUCGAUCUCACCGAGUUCCAGACCAACUUGGUACCUUACCCGCGCAUUCACUUCCCUCUGGUGACGUACGCGCCGGUCAUUUCCGCCGAAAAGGCCUACCACGAGCAGCUGUCCGUCGCCGAGAUCACUAACGCCUGCUUCGAGCCGGCCAAUCAGAUGGUCAAGUGCGACCCGCGACACGGCAAAUACAUGGCCUGCUGUAUGCUGUACAGAGGCGACGUCGUGCCCAAGGACGUGAACGCUGCGAUCGCGACCAUCAAGACCAAGCGCACCAUCCAGUUCGUCGACUGGUGCCCCACCGGCUUCAAGGUUGGCAUCAAUUACCAGCCGCCGACCGUCGUGCCCGGCGGCGACCUCGCCAAGGUACAGCGCGCCGUUUGCAUGUUGUCCAACACCACCGCGAUCGCGGAGGCCUGGGCUCGGUUGGACCACAAGUUCGAUCUCAUGUACGCCAAGAGGGCGUUCGUCCACUGGUAUGUCGGUGAGGGUAUGGAGGAGGGUGAGUUCUCCGAGGCCCGUGAGGACUUGGCCGCCCUCGAGAAGGACUACGAGGAAGUCGGUAUGGAUUCCGCGGAGGGCGAGGGCGAAGGAGCCGAGGAGUACUAAUCCUCCGUUCUCUGCUCAUGUCAGAGAGGUGUUUCCGUAUUUUUCUCUUUCUUUUUCAUUCACAUAACGGGACACGAGUCUAAAUAAAUUGUCUGAUUUGCAAGUA